AAGUCAGGUGACUUCAUGUCAUGUGACUCGUACUCGCAAUCGAGCUACAGCUGCGCUGACGGACGUGCCCUUGAUUUGUAUCAAGGCCUUGAUCCCCUCAGGCUCAGCUCAGUUGCAUCUCACUUCUCAGAUCAACCUGGUCAGACUCAAGCCAAGAUGGCUUCUAACAUUCGACAACAUGUAUUUCUGUUUUUCUGCAUAAUAGCCACCUCCUUUGGGCAAAAAUGUGGAAGAGUAGACGAUAAUCAUCGCUUCGAUUGUUAUCCAGAGCUCGGUGCUUCGCAGCAGAAAUGCGAAGCGCGCGGUUGUUGCUGGGCUCCCGGGGAGUCCUGGCGGAACAACGCUGGAGUCAAACUCGAUGUGCCGUACUGCUAUUACCCCCUUGAUUAUCCAGGUUACAUCAACGGGCCACAAACGCAGACCAACUAUGGGUUGACAGCUAAUCUGAAAAGAACCACUCAGAGUUAUUAUCCAAAUGAUAUCAUGAAUUUAAAGAUGGAUGUGUAUUUUGAAACAGACACCAGACUCCGUGUGAAGAUCUAUGACCCCAACCAAUCAAGAUAUGAAGUCCCGAUUGAAACCCCACCAUUCACCUUCCUGCCAUCUAAUCCCAUGUACAAAGUCCAGCUAUCUAGUGGACAAACAGGAUUUAAUGUCAUCAGGAAGGCAAAUCAAGAAGUCAUAUUUAACACCACCAUCGGCCCAGGCUUCAUCUACUGUGACCAAUUCAUCCAAAUAUCAUCAUCUCUCUCCUCUUCCUUUGUCUACGGAUUGGGUGAGCAUCGGAGCAGUCUAGCUCUCCCAACUGACUGGCAAAGCUUUGCAUUCUGGGCCAGAGACCAACCUCCCUCCCCUGAUGUCAACCUGUAUGGAGUGCAUCCGUUUUAUAUCAACUUGGAAUCGAAUGGAGAUGCCCAUGGGGUUUUUCUUCUUAAUAGCAAUGCUAUGGAUGCCAUCCUUCAGCCGGCUCCGGCCAUCACAUACAGGACCAUCGGCGGAAUCCUGGACUUCUACUUCUUCCUCGGACCUGACCCCAUCGACGUGGUCCGGCAAUACCAGGAGGUCAUCGGGAUGCCCUUCAUGCCCCCUAUGUGGGCCCUGGGGUUCCAUCUCUGUCGCUGGGGCUACGGAUCCGCCAAUGGCACCAUGGCCGUUGUGGAGCGAAUGCGGCAGGCAAAGAUACCCCAGGACGUGCAGUGGAACGAUAUUGAGUAUUCGGUGGGGCGCAAGGAUUUUACCUUAAAUCCGGACACCUUUGGCAAUCUGCCAACAUUGAUAGCUGACCUGCACGCUAACGGCCUUCACUACAUGCCCAUUGUUGAUCCAGCUAUCAGCAGCUCUCAGACCCCAGGAUCCUACCCUCCUUAUGAUGCCGGUGUUACUGAUAACAUCUUCACCAAGGCAGAUGAUGGGAGCAUAUUCAUCGGAAAGGUUUGGCCUGGUGACACAGCCUUCCCCGACUGGUUUCAUCCUAAUGUCACUCGCUGGUGGCAAUCUCAAGCUCAGACGUUCCACAAUGACGUCAGCUUUGAUGGCAUGUGGCUGGACAUGAACGAGCCUUCUAACUUUGUGGAUGGCAGAGUGACAGGGGGUCAGCCUGGGUGCACCGGUAACAACUACGACAACCCUCCAUUUGUUCCUGGUGUUGGUGGUGGUACUUUGUAUUCCAAGACGCUGUGCCCCUCAGCAAAGCAGAACGGUAACAUUCAUUACAAUGUUCACAGCUUGUACGGAUUGUCAGAAGUGAAGGUCUCUUACACGGUGCUUGCAAACAUCCGUAAGAAGCGUCCCUUCAUCAUCUCUCGUUCAACCUUCCCAUCGUCUGGGAAGUACGGCGGUCACUGGUUGGGGGAUAACGCUAGUCAAUGGCCUGAGAUGCAUUCAUCCAUCACAGGUAUUCUCAACUUCAACAUGUUUGGUGUCCCGAUGGUAGGAGCCGAUAUCUGCGGUUUCAACGGGGACACCAACGAGGAGCUGUGCACACGUUGGAUGCAGCUGGGUGCAUUCUACCCGUUCUCCCGCAAUCAUAACACUCUCAAUGCCAAGGACCAAGACCCAGCGAUUUUCAGCAAGGCCAGCCAAGACUCUAGCAGGAAUGCUCUUCACAUGCGAUACUCCCUUCUUCCAUAUCUCUACACGCUGUUCCAAAGGGCCCAUGUCAAUGGGAGUAUGGUAGCCAGACCAUUAUUCUUCAAUUUCCCUCGUGAUCCGUCCCUUUACAAAGUUGACACCCAAUUCAUGCUUGGUGGCGCUGUGCUUGUUAGUCCCGUCCUUACCCAGGGGGCCACAUCUGUCUCUGCCACCUUUCCACCAGGUCGAUGGUACAGCAAUUCACCAGAACCCCCUCUGACGUUCAACAAGUCCACCUCCAUGUCAUUAGACGCCCCUCUCGGCAAGAUCAAUAUACAUUAUAGAGGGGGCUACAUCGUUCCCACCAUGGCGCCCGAGACGACGACGAAUGCGACAGCCAAAAAUCCUGUCAUGCUCGUUGUGUCAUUGGAUGAAAGUGGGAAUGCCAAAGGUCACAUGUAUUGGGAUGAUGGAGACGAGAUUGGCUCUUACGAGAACGGAAAGUACAGCUCGUGGAGUUUCAGAGCUAAAAGCAACGGGCAGCAGAAUUCUGUGACAAGUUCGGUCGAUUACGACGGAUUCGCUGGAUCAUCAAAGAUGAUGUUCAAGGGAGGGAUCAUCCAAGGCGUCACGGCCAAUCCUACCACGGUCACUCUGAAUGGUCAGAGAUGUAACAAUACAUACGUGGAACAUGCACAGUUACUUGACGUUGAAUGUCCGCCAGUUCCUUUCAACAAGCCUCUGACGUUGCAAUGGGAUUAGAAAUCAUGCCAGCACCUCUUAUCUCCAAAAAGGAUGGACGAUCAAUUAAUGUUUUGAUUUAAUUCAAAGUUGGGUGAUCAAUAGAGUACAUGUAUGUGUAUGGAUUCAGUGAUUGUUUACAUGUGCCUGUAGAUUUGUGUAGGCCUGUUGAUAUUUCCAACGGAAUAAUAAUGGGUGAAAGCGUGUGUAUUACCUGAACAUCUGAAAUAUGAGUAGAGAGAUAGAUGGCUUGUUUUUAUUUCCAAAUCAAUUUAGAAAUUAAAAGUGAAAUUAAAAAAAACCUUGAAUUUAAAGUUUACGUGGUAAGCCAAGGUACAUGUAUUGCUUAUGUACAUGAAUGCAUAAAUGAAACUGUAUUGUCUUUCUGUAGCCAUAUGUAUAAUAUGUUGAUAAGGGCCCCAUUUAACAAAGAUCAGUGUCAGAAGUUUUUUCUACAAAAAAUUUGAACAAUGUCCUUUGUAUGCAAAGAGAAGCGCAGUGAAUUUUCAAGAAAACAAUGAUUGCAUGAAUAUACAUCAUAGCUAGACAUACUUUGAACAAACAUGCAUAAUAGAUGUAAACGUUGCUGGUUGUCCAUAAUUUGCUAUUGAUCGGAUCAAUCGUAACUCUUUGUAAGACGGGGCCCUGGUCAUUGAAAAGGCUCUUUUAUGAAGAGGUACAUUAAUCAUGAUUGGGGAUGUUGAGUUAUAAAUAUGAAUUUUUCUCAUCAAGCUAAAGAAUAUUUUUAAAUUGAAAAUAAUAAACUUGCAUGUAUAAAGUGCAAACAUAAUUAAUUUAUCAUUCCAUUGAUCGUACACAUCAUAUAGGAUCCGAGUCACUCAAAGUGAUGCAUUUUCCUUUCAAAGUUUGUAUAAUGUUGUAGAAAAUAUUUGAAAUGUGUUAGAAAUUGCAAAAAGAAAAAUUUGUGCAAUCUCAAAUUCUUCAGGUAAUGGGUGCUUUAUACAUGUAUUUUUAGUUUUGUUCCCUUCGGUGAAUGUAGAAUUAUAAAUGGCUUCAUAUUGUGUCUAUUUUUGUAACUUUUGUAAAUUUCCAUUGGAUCAUGCCUGCUAUCGCUAAUGAUAUUGUAAUCGUGUGAUUUCAAUGUGUUAAAAUUGUAGUGUUUUUUUCAAACUCUGCAUGGUCAAUAUGAGUCGGCCAUCCUCUGGGCCAGUGAUUAAAUUGAACAGCAGUCAAAAGCAUAACUUCCUCCUAAAUCAAAAUUCAUGGAGCAUUAGUUUUCAACAACAAAUUUUCGAGCCAGCUUUUUUCAUUGUGAAACUGUUUCUACACUUCUGGGAUAACUCUUGUGUAAAAAAUGAAAUUGGUUUUUCAAUUCAAUUCAUGCAUGAGUGAGCACGUAAACCUAAACACUUGCUCAUAUAUUUUUAAAGUUUACAGGUUACAUAUCUCUUUUUUUUUAACCUUUAUUAUUGAGAUUGCAUUUUUGUAUUUCCCGUCGUUUAAUUCAGUGUGUGCUCACUGAUCUUUAUUAUCUUGUGUUUAUAUAACUUAAAAUAGACAACACAUAAGAUAGUCAAUUACAUACUGUAUAGUGUAGGAACUACUGAUCAAGAUAUAUUGCUCAAAAUCUUUUCAGUGAAAAAGAUCUAUACAACAUUUUGAUUUGGGGGAAAUUAAUUUUUGUGUUGUAGGUACUUAAUUUGAAACUGAAUCAUCGUUUAAGGGAGCAUUUCACGAAACUUUCAAUUUCAAAAUUGAAAGUCAAUCUUUCAUGUAGAUCCUAUAAAGCCAAGCACAACAUUUUAAGCAUUGCUACUAAUAGUGGACUUGCCGUUGAUAGCUGAUGUGUUCAUUGCUUGACAUAGAUAUCAUUUCCUUUUAUGGACAGACUUCAACUCCAUGAUUACAAGAGAAGCUUGACAAAUUAUCAGUACUGAUUAUAAAGAUGGCAACUAAGAUGUAUCGAGAUGAUUUGUUACAUGAAUUAUAUUUUGACUGUUGCUGUACAACUUGCGACUUUGAAGCUUUAACAGGACAUCAACUAUGCAAUGUUUCAUUUUUUUUUUUUUGCCCCUCUACAAAGAUUUUGAUCGAAGUAGUCUUUUUUUCUCUCUCAUUUUGAUUUAUCUUGAAUCCAUACUUAUUUUCUUCAAAUGGAUCUUACUACUGCAGAUAAGGCCAGUUUACUGUAUGAAUUGUGCCACUGCCAAAGGACGGGUUGAUAGCUUGUUGGUUCAGUAGUCCAUUACAUACAUAUCGUGGCUGGGUUGAUAAAACCUCAUAUCUCAAAAUUUAAAAAUUUUGAGGGCAGCUUCGAAAGGCUGUUUUAAAAAAAAUAUAGCAAUGGUGGCAGUCUCAUAUUGUCUGAAAACAGUCUCCCGAUACCUGUGAAGAACUCUUGGGGCAAAAGAAGGUUACUACCCAUGUUUUUAGUUAAGUUUUAUUUAGAUUAUUCUGAGUUGCUGUAAAAAUAUUUAAAUUCUGAGAUACAAGGUUUUAUCAGCACAGCCACGAUAUAUCGUGAACAGAAAAUGCACAUCAAUUAUUUAGUGAUUCAUAUCACAUGAAUUAAGCUUUUGAAAAAAUACAUUUCUUUCCUCAGAACAGUUGGCUAAUGAAAGUAUUACAAGAGAGUGACAAUUCAAACUCACAGUAACCAUGUUGACAAGAAAGCUUGGAAGACGCGAGCAGUCCAUGUCUAGUGCAGACAAAUGUGGUGUAACUGAGCUAGAAAAUACAAGAAACUGCCACACCCGAAUAACAAGUAGAGCCUAUAAAACAUGCCGUCGUUGCCAAAUCCAGAUGCUACCAACCAGGCAACAGGCCAGCUACUGCAGCUGCUGUAAGAGAGUACUUGCUUCUCUCAUUCCUAAGCUUUAUAAAGUGACCUUUAUGAUUUCAACCUAUUAAAAAGGUUCCUUCCACAUAUACCCAAGCUAUUGUAAUACUUCUAUCAAGAAUUUAGGACUUGCCUGAGUCAUGCAAAUGAACAUAAGAAAAUGCUAAUAAGCCAACUGCACUGCAUAACUCUGUUUAGUGAAAGAGACAUGUAAAUGACCAAGACAAACUAUUUGGAUCACUGCACAGAAAUAUUGUUAGUCCCCAGAAAUACAUGUAGCAUUUAGCUGGUCUUUAUGACAACAUAUUAUUAUCUUCUGAAAUGAUAAGACAUAAAAGAAUGUAAAGCAAGUGGCACUUUGAAUUUCAAAUAAACUUUAUUUCAAAUAAAAGUAUAUACAAGCUAACAAUGUAUCAAUGGUAUAAGUAUAUUAAGUUUAUGAACUUCUGAUAUUUUUUAAAUAUACAAUAGUACUUAAUCAUACCAGAAAGACAAGCUUAUCAUAGGAAAGUAAAUAAGAUUUACUUGACUUAACUACCUGUUCUAGCUGGAUUGAUUUUUUUCAAGUAUUAUAAUUGUGAGAAAGGUAAUCACAAUCAUCAUGAUUAUGUAAUUGAGAAAGAGAUACUGUGUUUUUAUGAAAUAAAUUCACAUUAAUUUUGCAA